AUGCCGCUGUCCGUCUCCUUCACCUUUGAAACCAACACGGUCCGGCAUGGCUCGCCCUCUGUCCGGUUCCUCCCCUCGGGAGUGCUGGAGAUCUGGCGCGAGCGGGCGUUCUAUCCCAAGCUGGAGGUGUGGCAUACCACCGCCGACAACGCUGUCGAGUGUGUUGGCUCCAACUACCUGCUGUGGUCGGUGGUCUAUGACUCGGGCGAGCCGUUCAAGCGGUGCAAGCGCUGUCCUGAUACACACACUCUGGGAUGGAAGCGCAAGCAGCCGCCCAUGCGUAUCAUCGAGUACGGCGAGGAGGUCGACGGCUUUAUCCCCAUGGGCUCAGACGCCCCGCCGGGUGUUGUCACGCACACAAACAACAAGUACUAUCACCCAGACACCCAUCGCGCCGCAAAGUCGGCUCAGGCAUCUGCUGAUCUCGCCCCGCAUGAGACAUAUCCUGUUGUUCGCUACAGAGACCUCAACGCAGACGGCUCGCGCCAGUUCAAGGCCUUCCUCUCCUGCAACUCACACUUUCAUGGCCACCACCUGUUCCAUAUUAAGGUCCAGUUUGUCGAGCUCAAUGCACGCGGCGACAUCAUCCGCGUCGAGGUCGCCUACUCGCCCCGAAUCAAGGUCGUCUCCAAGUUCCUCAACAAGAAAGGCACAAAGGCCAUCCCCGUCGCAGACGUCCGCCGCUUCCUCUCCAUGCAGUCGCUUCGCAAGCGCCGCAAGCUCGCAAAUCUCUCUGCCAUCGCAGGCACCGGCGAGCUCGAGCUACCGGCCUUUCCCACUGCUGACCCGGACUCACGCCGCCGCAAGAUCCCCGCCGACAUGACCGAGCUCGCUGCCCAGCAAGACGCCAUGCUUGCCGCUACUCAAGCCACCGGCUCCUCGCCGUUUCCGCCAGAGUGGAGCCAACCAGGCUCUGGCAUGACAGACAUGGACAUUGGCGCCGCCUCAGCAUCAGCCUCAUCAGCAUCGUCGUCGGCCACAUCAGCUCUUCCGCCUUCCGGCCUCCCGCGCCAGCCGUCGGUCCAAGAGCAGGCGCUCGCCGCCCAUGCGGCGUACACUGGCCAGCUGCCAGCUGCAACCGGCUCCCAACUGCCGACGGCCGUCCAACCGGGCUCGGACGGCCAACUGCCAUCAGCCACAUCGGUCCUCGCCUCGUCGCGGACCCUCAAUCCGGCCGCCCUCUCCUCGCUCGCCCUCCCGCUCGGCCUCACCUCUAUGGACGUUGCCUCGCCCAUUAACUACGCCAAGGGCCUCUCGCCGGCCUCCACUGCCCUCUUUGCCGACCCGUUGCUCUCGAGUCUCGGCGAGCCGACCGAUCCCUCGGGCGGCCUUGACGCCGACCCACUCUUCUCCUCGCUCGGCCUCUCUUCCUUCGGCGAGGGUGAGGACCUCCUUGCCGAGGUCCUCGCCUCCCGCACCGCUUCCCGCACCGCUCCACCGCCGCCGUCUACCGGCCUGCAAGCUCUCUCGCCGCAAGACCUUGUCAACUCGUUCCAGAUGCUGUCCGUCCCGGAACGCAAGCAGGUCUUGCGCGCCAUCGCCUCGGAUGCCACCUCGUGGCAGCUGCUCAAGGCCUUUGUCCUCGACUUUACCGCCCAGAACGCAAACAUGGACUACAACUCGGAGUAGUAAAUGUGACCGAGCCGGCC